GUCUGCAUCAAUUAGACGUUCAUUUGUCAAUAUUGUCGCUUUGUUCUGUGGACAAAUCAAUAUUUCUCCGUGGAUUAGUUCACAGUAUAAAUCGUUCGAGUAAAUAUUGUUAAGCGUCACAGGAAUCAAUUGAGUGAAGUGUUUCAGCCAAGCAGAAAUUGCCAUCGAAGCUUUCGAUUGCCAUUGGCACAUAGCGUUAAUUGUCAAAUUGUGUGACCGUUUAAGUCGCCGGACCAUACGACAUAUUCGCAAAACUAGAAAUAUUUUAUCAGUCUUUACUAAUCAGGAUUGUAAGCUGAGCCUUUCAGGAAUAUGAAGGCUUUGAAACUUCAUUUGGUUCGCGUUUCGCCUUGUUGUCGCGUCGUUUGGCUGUAUUUAUUACAGAACGAAAUCCCUUUUGAGUUAAUCGAUGUUGACAUAUUCGCGCGAAUCAACGACAAAAGCUCAAAGUUUGAAUUAGCUGAUGGCGACCACAGACGAUUACCGAUUAUUGAAGAUGAGCAAAAAAGUAUAGUCGGAAUCGUUCCUUGUCUUCGUCAUCUCGACAUAAAAUAUCCCGAACGACACAAAGGCUGGCACGAAGACCCACUAGUAAAGUCCAAGAUAUACAAUAUCUUAGAAUGGGCUGCAGCUGAACUACACAGUUUGAUUGGUUACCAACUUGUUUACCCACAAUUCCUUGGAACAUCCCAAGAAAAUGACCUGAAUGUCAAGGAAGCGAUGAAGAAGACUGUCGGCGUUCUGGAAUCGAUGGAGAAAAAAUAUUUUGCACGAGAUUCAAAAUUUAUGAUCUGUGUCAGCAAACCAACUGUGGCAGAUUUUUAUGUUGCCACGGUGAUAAUUCAACUUGAAUGGAUGGAGAGCAUCGACAUGAAAUUAUGGCCGUCAAUUCAUUCUUGGUUAAAUGAGAUUCAAAAACAAGAACAUUGGGACACUGUUCAUGCAAAGCACGUAGAGUUUGUAAAAUCACUGAAAAAUGUUCCCCUUGAAUUAACGUGAAAUGUUCGUCAAUAGGGAAAUCCUUGGGAUUUCGUUUGUAAUAAUGUAUUUCAGUUAAGCUCUGAUCUGGAAUAGAUUGAUCAAUUAGUAAGAUAGCGCAGUAACGGAUCCAGUGUUUAAAAUUAAUUAUUUAAGAUCUAUGAAUUUCGAAAAAACAUAAUUAUACUCAUACUCUGUAAGGUAUUUUGAAAUGUAUACAUGACACCUCAAGGUUUUUGUGAGCACAAUGACAAGGCUAUAUCUAUCAUAUUAUGAAUAAAUGAUAUAUCUUGCAGACUUUUCCUCCACACUGGAAAGGCUGUAAUUAUUUUCCGCCA